AUGACCGCAUCAAAUUUAACAGCAUCAGUUGAUGAUACAUGCCAAGAGGUUUAUCAACAACUUCCAUCAAAUGAAAUAUUCGAUACAUUUUUAAGUUUAUCAGAUUCUUUCGAUGAUCUUAAUAAAGAAUUGAAUAAAAUUUAUACACUUUUUCAAACGUUGGAUAUACCUUUAGUUUGGUUACAAUCGCCAUUAUUUGAUUGGACACAGACAAAUAUUGAUAACGAUUUACAUCAACAAUUUUUAACAAAUUUUUUUGCUAUGAGCAAAAUUCGGGGUAUGGGUGUGGUUAUGUAUUUACUCUGA